AUGACUCAGGAACAACACCAAGAAAAAAAAGUCCAAGUGGCUUCUACUCAAGAACCUUUGAGGGUCCAUCUUCUUUCCGCAGACGGAAAACCACCUUCUAGAGGCUCUCCAGAUGCCGCUGGAUACGACAUUUAUGCAUCUGAGGCUACUGUGAUCCCAGCUAACGGUAGAGCAAUGGUAUCGACUGCUCUGGCCAUUAUCUGUCCCUUGGGGACCUAUGGAAGAGUGGCUCCACGUUCAGGUUUGGCUGUCAAACACGGCAUCUCAACGGGAGCUGGUGUCAUUGAUGCAGACUACAGAGGUGAAGUGAAGGUGCUUCUGUUUAACCACAACAGCCAGGACUUCCAGGUUGAAAAAGGAGACAGAAUAGCACAAUUGAUUUUGGAAAGAAUCUACACUCCCGAAAUACAAGUCCUCGACACUUCCACUUGGGAAGUUGAAAAGGUCACUCAAAGGGGUGCCGGUGGCUUUGGGUCCACUGGCAAGAACUGA